UGCGGAGCGGGCCGGCGGCCAUCUUGUGAAGCGGAGAAGGAGGUGGCUGCUCUGGGCUCCGGGAAGCCGUUCGGGCUGGGGCUGCCGGCCGCGGGGCGGAGGCACUCGCGCGGGGGGUAACUCGGGUCUGGGUUCGGGUGCCGCGCAGUUCUCGCCGGUAAGACUCCUGCAGCCCCGGAACGGGCGGGGCUGUGCGGGGCUCGAGCCGCCCCUUGGCCCGGGGCGGGGCCUUCGGAGGCCUCGGAGCCCGCCGCAGCGAGCGCCCUACACAAAAGGGUCGGGGCUUAGCUGAGGGGGUCUUGGGGCGCCACUUGGGCCUCUCAGUUCUGAGAGGAUUUAAGAAAGACACAAGAGAGGAUGGUCUGCCUACCGAAGAGGGCCCGAGGCCAUAGCGAGGACGCCCCGGUCGUCUGAGAGGGGAGGAAGCCAGAGCUGGGUGCCCCAGCGGCCCGCAAAGGAACGGGAACUGCAGUGAAAACACGCUACAUUCCAAAUGAACAAGAUUCUCUAUGCUCUCACGUGGGGCAGAGAUUAUAACUGUGUUCCGAAGUGAGAUAGUCGUAGUGAGGACACUCCCUCCACCGGAAGUGGGAUGGAGGCCUCUGGAAAAAGGGACUGGACACACCUGUGGGGAGGGAGCUGUAGUCGGUUCUCUCCCUUGAGUGUAGGAAGUCAGAAUUGGCCGGCCGCCAUGGAGGCCUGAAGUCUAAAAGUUGGUUUUAAUUGGUUGCCCACAGGAUUGACUUGACCUCUACUUCUUGUUAAGAAAAUACAUCUCUUAUUUUAUCAGGUGUGUGUGGUUUCAGCGCAGCAUGGCUGUGGUCAUCCGUUUGCAAGGUCUCCCAAUUGUGGCGGGGACCAUGGACAUUCGCCACUUCUUCUCUGGAUUGACCAUUCCUGAUGGGGGCGUGCAUAUUGUAGGGGGUGAACUGGGUGAGGCUUUCAUCGUUUUUGCCACUGAUGAAGAUGCAAGGCUUGGUAUGAUGCGCACAGGUGGUACAAUUAAAGGGUCAAAAGUAACACUGUUGUUGAGUAGUAAAACGGAAAUGCAGAAUAUGAUUGAACUGAGUCGUAGGCGUUUUGAAACCGCCAACCUAGAUAUACCACCGGCAAAUGCUAGUAGAUCAGGACCGCCACCUAGCUCAGGAAUGAGUGGCAGGGUGAACUUGCCUACAACGGUACCCAACUUUAAUAAUCCUUCACCCAGUGUAGUUACUGCCACCACUUCUGUUCAUGAAAGCAGCAAAAACAUACAGACAUUUUCCACAGCCAGCAUAGGAACGGCUCCUCCAAAUAUGGGGGCUUCCUUUGGGAGCCCAACGUUUAGCUCAACUGUUCCGAGCACAGCCUCUCCGAUGAACACAGUCCCCCCUCCACCAAUUCCUCCAAUCCCAGCGAUGCCAUCUUUGCCGCCAAUGCCGUCUAUUCCCCCAAUACCAGUUCCUCCUCCGGUACCUACAAUGCCUCCUGUGCCUCCUGUGCCCCCAAUUCCCCCAGUCCCUUCUGUGCCACCCAUGACCCCACUGCCACCCAUGUCAGGCAUGCCACCUUUGAACCCGCCACCUGUGGCACCUCUGCCUGCUGGAAUGAAUGGCUCUGGAGCACCUGUGAAUCUGAACAAUAACCUGAACCCUGUGUUUCUGGGUCCAUUGAAUCCUGUUAACCCUGUCCAGAUGAACUCGCAAAGCAGUGUGAAACCACUUCCCAUCAACCCUGAUGAUCUGUAUGUCAGUGUGCAUGGAAUGCCCUUUUCUGCAAUGGAAAAUGAUGUCCGAGAUUUUUUCCAUGGGCUCCGUGUUGAUGCGGUGCAUUUGUUGAAAGAUCAUGUAGGUCGAAAUAAUGGGAAUGGAUUGGUUAAGUUUCUCUCCCCUCAAGAUACAUUUGAAGCUUUGAAAAGAAACAGAAUGCUGAUGAUUCAACGCUAUGUGGAAGUUAGUCCUGCCACAGAGAGACAGUGGGUAGCUGCUGGAGGCCAUAUCACUUUUAAGCAAAGUAUAGGACCUUCUGGACAAACCCAUCCCCCUCCUCAGCCACUUCCCAGGUCAAAAUCGCCCAGUGGGCAGAAAAGGUCAAGGUCAAGAUCACCGCAUGAGGCUGGUUUUUGUGUUUACUUGAAAGGGCUGCCAUUUGAAGCAGAAAACAAACAUGUCAUUGAUUUUUUUAAAAAGUUGGAUAUUGUGGAAGAUAGUAUUUACAUUGCUUAUGGACCCAAUGGGAAAGCAACGGGUGAAGGCUUCGUAGAGUUCAGGAAUGAGGCUGACUAUAAGGCUGCUCUGUGUCGUCAUAAACAAUACAUGGGUAAUCGCUUUAUUCAAGUUCAUCCAAUUACCAAGAAAGGUAUGCUAGAAAAGAUAGAUAUGAUUCGAAAAAGACUGCAGAACUUCAGCUAUGACCAGAGGGAAAUGAUCUUAAAUCCGGAGGGGGAUGUCACCUCUGCCAAAGUCUGUGCCCAUAUAACAAAUAUUCCCUUCAGCAUUACCAAGAUGGAUGUUCUUCAGUUCCUAGAAGGAAUUCCAGUGGAUGAAAAUGCUGUACAUGUUCUUGUUGAUAACAAUGGGCAAGGUCUAGGACAGGCAUUGGUUCAGUUUAAAAAUGAAGAUGAUGCACGUAAGUCUGAACGCUUACACCGUAAAAAACUUAAUGGGAGAGAAGCUUUUGUUCAUGUAGUUACUUUAGAAGAUAUGAGAGAGAUUGAGAAAAAUCCUCCUGCCCAAGGAAAAAAGGGGUUAAAGAUGUCUGCGCCAGGUAAUCCUGCAGUUCCAGGAAUUCCCAAUGUGGGAAUGCCCAAUGCAGGAUUGCCCAGUUCAGGAAUGCCCAGUGCGGGACUGCCUAAUGCGGGAAUGCCCAAUGCAGGAAUGCCUGCUGCGGGAAUGCCCAAUGCGGGAAUGCCUGCUGCAGGAAUGCCCAAUGCAGGAAUUCCCAGUGCAGGAAUGCCUGCUGCGGGAAUGCCUGGUGUGGGAAUGCCCGGUGCAGGAAUGCCUAGUGCAGGAGGUGAAGAGCAUGCCUUCUUGGCUGUAGGAUCUAAGGAGGCCAACAGUGGGCCUCCAUUUAACUUUCCUGGUAAUUUUGGUGGGUCAAAUGCCUUUGGACCACCACUCCCUCCUCCAGGGUUAGGAGGGGCCUUUGGUGAUGCUAGGCCUGGAAUGCCUUCAGUUGGAAAUAGUGGUUUGCCUGGUCUAGGACUGGAUGUUCCAGGUUUUGGAGGUGGACCAAAUAAUUUAAGUGGACCAGGAUUUGGAGGGGGCCCUCAAAAUUUUGGAAAUGGCCCUGGUAGCUUAGGUGGCCCCCCUGGCUUUGGAAGUGGGCCCCCUGGCCUUGGAAAUGCCCCUGGGCAUUUGAGUGGGCCUCCAGCCUUUGGUCCUGGCCCUGGCCCUGGCCCUGGCCCAAUCCACAUUGGUGGUCCUCCUGGCUUUGGAUCUAGUUCUGGAAAACCAGGACCAACAAUAAUUAAAGUACAGAACAUGCCCUUCACUGUGUCUAUUGAUGAGAUUUUAGAUUUCUUUUACGGUUAUCAAGUGAUCCCAGGCUCAGUGUGUUUAAAGUACAAUGAAAAAGGUAUGCCCACCGGUGAAGCUAUGGUGGCUUUCGAAUCUCGGGAUGAAGCCACAGCUGCUGUCAUUGACUUAAAUGACAGACCUAUUGGCUCUAGGAAAGUAAAACUUGUAUUAGGGUAGCUGUUCACAUCAUUCUUCCUAGGGUAGAUAUAGUCUUCAUAGUGCUGUGAUUAAUGCAUUCAGAUUGUUUUCCUAGUGUUUCCAGGUUAGAACCUGUGGAUUGUUUCAAUUGCAUAUAGAUUGGUUUCCAUAACAUAGAGUGUUGGUUGACUGUUUACAGAAGACUCACUACCGAGAUAAACAUUGCUGUAUGUUAUAGUAAAGCUGUCUUGAGAGAACACAAAAAUGAUUUUGGCAUACCAUUAGACAAACCAUUUGUAAAACUCAAAUGACCACAUGAAGCUUAUCAAGGAGUCUAGAUUGGUUUUUGUUUUAUACCAUAUGGAUGAAGAAGAUAGAAAUGUCAAUAGAGCUCAUUAAGGGUGCUCUUGCCAGCUGCUGAAAAAUAGAAGCUGGCUACUCUUGGAAUUUGGUUCAAAGCUGGACAGAUUUGCUUUGUUAUAGGGUCAAAGCAUUGUCUAAAGUUCUCGUUUUCUUUUAAAAUUGAAUAAAAUCUCUGUAUACAGAUUCACUGUAUGUACCUUUAUUGCUUCUUGAGGGUUCUUGCUGUAUAGACAGUCCUGCUUCUGAAGUUGCUGCUUUGUUUGCCUAAUUGACUCAUUUGUAAAUGAGCAGAAUUGCUUUGUUGUUGUUUUUCUAUUAUGAAACUCCACACUUGGUUUCUUCUACAACGUUGAACUUUUAAUUUCUAUUGUCACACUUAAAACUGUGUGGAAUAAGACAUUUGCCACAAAAGUAAAACACAGAGUCCUCUACCUACCAGAGCCUUUUUGGUUUGACCGCCGAGGAGUAGUUUAGUCAGUUUAAAAAUCGUGCCUGUUGUUUGGACGGCAUAAAAAACCAGAAACCACUUUCAAUAAUCAUUGUUUAAGAUGCCUAAGUUGAAAUCCUGCCCAAGAUGGACUCUAAUGUUCUGGCAAUUUCCUUUUGUUCCAAAUUGAUGUGAAAUGACUUGUAAAAGUAAAUAAAAAAGGGUCCAUUCAUAAGAAAGCAUCGUUAUAUAUAGGUUUUUAAAGUUGAAGUUGAAAUUGUUAGUUUUGUUAACGAUUAAUAGUGUGAUAGGAAAAGAUCCAUAAACUAGCCCAUAGAUUGAUACGUACUUAAUCCUGUUACUUGAAGGCUUUUUGGUCUAGUUGUUUGAUCAGGAGCCUGUUUACAAAAAUUCUAAAGAGUACAAGUGCCGCUGCUAGAGGGGAGAGAAUUGAGACUCCUUGCCCUUUCAUACUUUGGCAUUCAGGACGCUAAGGCAGGAGGACCACAUGGGUUCUGGUUGGUGAGUGUCCUUGUCAUGAAAACAUUUGCCUUACAACGUCCUACUCACUGCCGCAAAAGGCUCUACUUAUGGUUACUUUUCUUAAAAUGCUCUAAAGACGUGUCACAUAUUAUAAACGGAAUGGGAGAUUGGUGAGAUAUCAUGAAAAACAAUUUUGUCUUUUACAUGGGCCUCUGUCUUGGUUUGAAACAUCCCCAACAUUUCCUACAAAUCAAUGUACUUAUAAAGGGGUCAGCCUUUUAAAAGAAGUAUUUUCUAUUUAAGAAAAAUAGUGCCUUUUUGGUGUUGCAAUUCAGCAGAACGCUUAAAUACAGCGUCUCUUGUAAUUUAGAGUUAAGAGUGGCAACAGUUUCAUUUGUGUGAUAAGAUUUGGAAAGCCUUUUCAUCACUACAAUCUUAGAGGAUUGACAGUACAGGAUUUUUUGUUUAGGGAAAGGACUAUUUAGACUUUCAAAGACGAAAUGGCUGUGUUGUGGGUCUUUUGGUAAUUCACGAAUACAAAUUUGCUUUGACAGAUCACUAGAUAAUUGCCUCUUCAACUGAAAAAGCAAUAUGUUUGUAUAUGCUGUUCAAUUUAAGUUUUCUGUUAAGUAAUCAUUCUCAUUCCAAAGACAGAGUGCAAAAAACUUCAGCACUGCUUGGGAAUCUUAUUUCAACUGCAGAUUAUUUUCCCGAUUGGAAAGCUACUUUCAUUUUAGAAAAAUGGGUUGUUUUGAAGAUGAAAGUCUUUUUAUUUUUCACAAUUUAUUUUGGUUAUGUGUUCAUAAAUUCUUAUUAAAUAUUUCAUAUACUUCAUUGCAACUACUUUGUUAUUCCUACAUUUUAGAUAAAUGCUAAAAAAAAGGAAAACUUGAUUUCAUUGUUCACCAAAUUAAAUAAAUUUAAAAAAUAGUGGUUUGUGUAGAAAUUGGAGAGAAUUGUGUUUCAUAUUUGGUCGAUCACAACAGUGCUUCUCUUGUUGUGAAAUGUAAUUAAAUACUUUGCCCUCUGGAACUUGAUUUUUGUGUAUCUGAGACUUAUUAACAUAGUGCUAACUGCUAAGCAUACUGUUCCAUCUAGUUCUGAUUGGAGUUUGAGUUUUUAAAAAAUUCUUGAAAAUAUGUUCUGUGAAACUAUUCAUACCUCUCUUCCUGCAAAUUUUCUCCUAAGAAUAAGGUUUGGGAUGAAAAUUUACAUUAUUUUCUCAUUUGCUUGUAUGGUACGAAGGAUUUGUAAAGCUUUGCUCAAAAGUUUUGUGCAUUUGUUAACACUAUCAUGAUAUUUUCAAUCUUCUGUGUAAAUUUUAUUGCCUGUUUUUGGUGACUCUGACAUUAAUAGAGAAACUUUUAGGUUUAGUGGGUCCCCCCUCCAUUUUUUGUUUUGUUUUUUGUUUUUUUAGUUUAAAGGGUUAGUGAAAUCUAUAAAAUGUAUUUUAUAAAUAAGCAAACUUGUAAACUUUUCUUGAACUUCAGUGAAACAUUUAGUUCAUAAGCAACAUUUGGAGGUGUGUUCUGUGUUUGCACUGUAGUUUGGAUGUAGAAUUAUUAGUGGCUUUUUUUUUUUGUAACACAACACUAUUAAGUGAUAAGUUUCUAGUUUUGUGCUUCAAGUUGUCAAAGCAUUGAUAGUGGAAAUUCCAUUAGGAAACUUUAUUCGGAAUUUCAGAGAGUAAUAUUCAGUGUAAUUAAGUCAGUCUUAACCCACGGGAUGAAAAUAUAGGGCUGUGUAUGGAAGUAAACAGACAUACAUUUUGGAUGGAAAUACCUUGGAUGAAAAUAAGGAUGCACGAAAGCCUUAAUCAAGCUGAGUCCCUUUUAUUGGGUUCUGUCAUUGUGUACAGGUGUGGGUCAAGUGUUUAAAAAUGAAUCCACUAAUCAGUUGAAGAACACUUUAAAAAUGAGUAAAGAAAAUGUAAAAUUGCUGCUAGUUAAAUUUUCUGGAAGAAAUUCUGGCAGUGAUUACUUGAAAAAAUUAUUUCCUACUCUGGCAAACAUUUAAAUUGUUCUACUGGCAGUUCUAUAGUAGUCCAAACUUUAGAAAGCAGACACAAUAAAAUGACUUAUUGCCAAUGUGGCCACAACAUUGCCAGCAAAAUACUGCCUGGGCUUCAUUCAGCAGAGAUUUUUGUUUUUAUAGAUGAAGUCUUGAAUAUUGUUCAAUAAACUUGUCACGAAAUAAAACAGGCUGAUGCUUUUAAUGCUUUAACUGCACAGAUGUACUCUAUUGAGCUAUACCAUUAGGUAUUUUUGGGUCUUUUAAAAACUCGAAAAUAUUUUGUGCCUUUGGAAACAUGGCUUUGGUGAUCUUGGAGGUAACGAUUGUUGCUUAUCCUUGUCUGCUAAUGCUGAAGUAUGGAAAGAAGAGGAUACCUGGAACUGCAGGGAGGAAUCUUGAUUCUAGGUCAAAUCUGUGGUAUCCACUUUUAAAGACUUAUGUUUGUUUUGCUAGCAAGCCACUUUGUUAAUGUGGACUGAGAAAGAACUGGAAACCAGGUGCUCCUUUUCAUGAAAGGAGUCUUAAAGGGGGCUGUGAAUUUUUUUUUUUAAUGGUUAGGAAAUGGGAAAAGAAAUAUUCAGACUAUAUUGUCACUUGCACAUAUCUUUAAAACUUUGUUUUCCUUCUUUGUUUUUGCAUGAGUAUGUUAGGUAUUUGAAGUGGGGAAGUGGGGCUAGAAAUCAAAAGUAUUGCUGGUUUCUGACACUGAUGCUCUGAUUUUGUCCUUUCACGUUUGUUCAACUUCUACUGGAAAAAAAAAUAGCAAAUAAAAAGUUUCCAUAAACUCCAUAGAGUCUCUUUAAAAAAACAAAACUGAAUUGGAGUUGCAGAGAAAUUAGCGGGCUGUUCCUUUUAACCAAAACUCUUGAAAAAUGUUUAUAACUUUUUUCUUUAUCUUGAAAGUUUUAGCCUGAAUUUGAGUUUGAAUCCCCAGCUUGUUUGGGAAAGUUUUAGACUAGAUGUAAUAAAUUCCAGAUAGUUGCUGAGCUGUUCUAAAAAUUGUGACAGUUUGACUAAGCAUUUGAAAAAUUACAGAAUGAAAUCAGCUGUUUGGAAUAUCCAGAAAUAUCCAGAAUGGCCUUUACCAUCUUAAAAGGGUAGACUGUGUGCUAAUAUGUCUCUUUCUUGUUCAGGAGAGAUCACUCAAUUUCUAUAACUCAUGGUUGUCUGCCUUCCAUUGUUUUACAGCAAGUAACUGUCAAUUAUAUGCAUUUCCACCAUUCUCCUUACCCCCAGAAGUGGAGUUUUUAUGGGAUAUGGUAGAUUCCAAACUUAAUGGCUAUUCUUUUUAAUUAAAAAAAUUGCUUGAUAUUCCACUUCUUUUUAGCAUGGAAUCUGGUAGAUAACAUUAACUUAUUUUAAAAUGUUCUUGGAAGACUGUACUCUGGUGGUGGCACAAUCCUCUGAUGCUGUGGUGACUUUGGGGAAACUCUUCUGUUCAGCCAAUAAGUGGGCUCAUCUCUUGUUGGUGCCUGCUUGUGUAAAUCUUAAUUCUUCACUGUGCUGUUCUUGGAUUUGUUCUCGGUGCCUUAGCUAUUUUGUGCCAGGGAAUCUGACAAGCAUGUGGCUCCUUUUCUGCAUCACCAUAACUAGCAACUAGCAACCAAGGCACUGCUUUUCUACAUACUGUUCUCCUACUGAAGGGGCAAAAAGCCUCCUGGGGCAAACAUUCCAGCCCCAGCGACCGAAGGGCAGCACUCUUAAAACCUAGAGAAAGGAAAGUAGUGCUCAUUAACCAUAUUCCAUGAAUUCUGUUGAGAGCCCCAGGAACCUCUCCCUAGCAAAAAUAUUGACCAUUAGGUCAUAGAGACUAAGCAAACACCAGCUGUGGAGAAGUGGGUAAAUAGCACAUCAGAACACUGGAGUUGGCCCUCUAGCUGCUCCAGACAUCCGGACUCUGAUUUUAGUGACUUAAUAGUUUAUCAUCAGUUUUCCUAGUCAACCGAUGGCUUGCCAUUUCAUGUCAAGUGAAGGAGGUGGUGCCUGUUUGGGGAAAAUAGAGCCAUGACCAGGCAGAGAACAUAAUUCAAUAUGGACAAUCAAAGAUGUUAAAUAAUCAUAACACAUCCCAGUAUUCCAGUAUCAGACUGGUCCUUGGUGUUGAUUCCCUAUUUUGAUGCUGUCAAAUUUCCCCUUUUACAUGCUUAUACAGUAAGCUUGCUUAGUAACCAGCACUGUUAAAUUUUACUUUGACUGAAGCCCCCUCACCACUCUCUCUGUAACCCUAACUUAAUUGAGUUGGAGUGAGUGUGAGUUCACCAGCAGCUCUUGAUUAGUGAAAUAAGAUUUGUCAUUUAUGCAUUUGUGCUACACAUCAAAUGUAACCACUGCAUUGUACAAGAAGUCACUUGUUAGCCCUUGCAGAGUGGGAAAGUCUUAAGGGUAAGGAAGUUCAGCUGCUUAGGGGGGUCUUAAACCAUACUAACAGGUGGUAUUGCUAAUUUCCUCUUUUGUCUUUUGUUCCGCACUUCCCUAUGUGUUGGGUUGCAAUACAAAAAAAUGUCACAUCCUUUAUAUAUAACUCCUUUCUGUGGUGUGGGCCCAGGAGGAUCCCUCUGCUAUAAAUCUGGCUUAGGUGGUAGAAAGACUUGCAUUAGUUGCAUUACUCUUACUGAAGUAAAUAAUCCUAAUCACCUUUGCUUCUGUGACCACUGAAUUGGCAAGUUGGAACUGGAAACGUCUGUUACCGACAAUUUCACAUGGAUAUACAGCCUAGCCAUAUAACUCAUGCUAAGUAAGUGUUUUGAGCAGUGCAUCUAGUACUUAUACAUUGUGUUGGUUGGAAAAGGGAGUAUGAAAGAUAACCUGUUCUUCAGUGCCUUAAAAAAAGACUUGAAUGACUUAAAAAAAAAAGUCUUAAGACUUCAGUUUUAAAUGAUACAAGUGCUCAGUUGUGUAUAUACAAGGUAUAUACUCAUGACCCACUGGAACUUUCAGUAGAUAAAGGGAUUCCUAACCGGUUGCUAAAUGGUGGGACAGAAACAAGUGUAACGGAAGCCUUACAUGUGAUCUCUUAACUAGGGUUCUUGGGGACACAAUAUUUGUUAGUUUAGUAGAUUGAAAUGAUUCUGUGAGGCCAACACAGUGGCAGUAUCUAAAAUUCUGCCUGUCUUGAGCGCUUUUAAGUUGUCCCGUAACAGCAUAGCUUGAGGUUCCAGCAGCCUAAGUGGUAUGACUGAGCUGAAUGGUCUGCAGGGCAGGCAAACAAGGCAAGGGUUGGUUCUAGGGAUGUAUUGACCUAGCAGAGGGCCAGAACCUUUUCCCUUUUUAACAGUCUGUUGAGUAGCUGCCAGAUUACACUUUUUAUAAACAACCAGUCUAAGAAGACAUUCAUAAACACUUCAGAAUUGUGAAUUUCUCCAUCAGCUUAACCACUUACAUGCAUAGUGAUUAUGCAUUCCUUUCUGGGCUUAGAUACAUUUUGAAACAGUCUUAGCUUUUCUGUGUAAAAUGUCUCCCUUUUAGUUCUUGUUCUUAACCAGCACUGUCCAAUAGAAUUUUCUGCAGUGGAAGUGUUCUCAUCUGCACUAACGCAGUAAUUGAAUUAUAUGUGACUAGUGGCUACUGUACUGAGCAGCACAAGUCUAGAGAUCUUGGGCAGCACUGUCCAAUAGAAAAAAUAAUCUGUCAUUUAAAAUUUUCCAGUAGCCAGAUUUAAAAGGUUGGAACAAGUGAAUUAAGGAUAUAAUUUACCCCAGUAGAUCUUAAAUGUUAGUUUCUUUAAAUAUACUCAAUACAAGAUUAUUGAACUAUUUUACAUUCCUUUUUUUGUACUAAGAUUUCAAGAUUCAGUGGGUAUUUUAUAGCACGUUAUGACUUGAACUAAGCAUAUUUUAGGUGGUGAAUAGCCAUAUGUGGUUCAAAACUACCCUUUUGGACAGCCCAGAUUUACAAUAUAAAAAAAGUUAUUCCCUGUCAUUUCUCUCUUAGUUCUGCUGCCUCUUUCAACUGUUUCUUCACUUUUGGGUGUUCAAAUGUUGUUGCAUUCCUGCUAACUUUUACCCCCCCCCCCCCCCCGUUGUGUUAGCAGGCUUGUUUUUGAGAACUUGGCUCAGUUACCUUUCUUAUGGGUUGCACUGGAGGUUAACUAGGUGACAGUUUUAUAUUGUAAAAGCCCUGAUGCUACAACCAGCAGCUUCCCCAGAGCUAGAAUCUCCCUCCACCCACACCCCAUCCACAAUGGCAAGUGGGCACAUCCACGGGUGUCUGUAAUGUAGUGUUUUCAUUUUUGAAAUCCUCAUUUUAACAUCUCAACUUCCCUAACAUAGAAAUUCUGAAGAUCCACCCAUCUAAAGUUCUCCUAUGUAUGCCUUGUAAAUUUAUUCCAGUGAGGGGGCUUACAUUAUCAACUGUAGGUAGGACUCUUCCAAAGGCUCUGGUUCUGCUGCUUUUGUUCAUUAACUAAGCUUCUUUUGUGCCAUUGGUCACAUUGCACACUGGAGAUGCACGAGGUCUUGUUGAUGUCCUUGUCCUGGAGAUGCUGAGGAAGGUGGUCUAGUACUGUUGUCUCAGAUAUACUGCAGGCAAUAGAGGCAGAUGUCUCAUUUAAAGAACAUGGGUUAAUAUGUAGAUUCCAACAGGGCAGGUUGAAGGCAGAGGUGACUGCCCAGUUGGUGUUCUUUGAAAUUUUUGGUAUAAUUCAUUUUCUGAAGCAAAUUCUACUUUAUGUGCUAUAUUCAUGCUUGUUAUUUAAAGUUUACUCCUUUGAAAACAUGUAAUAUGGAGUACCACAGUGUCUCCAUCCCUGCCUUGGCAGACAAAUAGCGAAAGAAAAUGUGUGGUGGAUGCAGAAUUAUUUUCGAUCUGUGUGCGAAGUUAGUGUAGAUCGUGAGAUGAGGCCACAUGAGCCCACUGCUCUUUUAGUGGCCAAGUGGGUUUUGGAUUGAAUUGGAUUACAAAGUGUGGAAUGUUGGUUAAUGGUUGGAAACCACAUCCUCAGGGAAUCAAGUUGUGGUUCACCCAAGUUACUGUGUGUCCCAGAACUAAUCAUUUCCUUUCUCUGUCUUCAGUGGGAUUAAUAGGAUUAAUUAACAAAUGGGAUUAAGUUAGAUAAUCUCAUUAUAUCUGAUUUUAAACUUCUGUGAACCCAGCCAUUUCAUUUCUUUCUGGAAAUCUGUAAAUUUGAACCUUGAAUGAAACACCAGUGGAACUAAAAAUAUUGGUCUGGCUAUCGCUUUAUGGCUUUUCCUGAGUGAUAGCAUUUUCACAUUUAAGCUUAAAGGUUUCAUUAGAGGAAAGGGUCUUCAUUUCCCUUUUUUAGAGGCUGUUCCUUUCCUGCCAGUUAAGUUCUCUGGAGCAGGUAGACCAGAGGUAUUCCCCCGGUGUCAACCACCAAAUAGGUAAUGAAACAGUAAAAGGAACCAUUUAUGAGCACUGAACAGAGGAGCAAUCAACACAUGUAGGGCACUUUCCACAGUUGAUCCCAUUUAAGUCUCACAACGAUCCUGUAAAGUUUAUAUCAUUAUCCCCACUUUACAGAUGGAGAAAUCCAGGCAAAGAGAAGCGAAAUAACUUGCCCAAAGUCUCUUUCAUAAAGGAAAGAAUUAAAUGAUCAUCUGUCUGUAUGACUUGAGGCAGAGCCCCUCCUUUCCUUAGCUGUUUCCUGCCUCUCCUUGACCUUUGGAGGUUGGGGUGCAGGGAGGUACGAGAGGCCAUUGGCAUCACUCUUCUCAUGGAUCCUGAGCCAGCUGGGGAAGGGGCUCCAGCCUUGUCCCCAUACUGCAAUUGCUCGUUUUGAAGUUAGAAGGUGGAGGCUUUGUUUAAGCUCAAAGUCAUGAGGAAAACCUUCCGCUCUGAUACAGUCUUAUCUUGCUUUGAAGGCUGUGUGUUCCUUGGUUUGAUUCCUUCCCCAUAUUCUCUCCUUAAGCUAGAUUCCCUUUGGAGAGUUGGACACAAAUGGUUGGAUUUGCCCAUAUUUGGACAAGUCUUUUGGGGACGUUGGUGUUGGAUCAGUGGCUUUCAGACUUUUUUGACCGCAGAAGUAUAGCAGGAUGAGAAACCCUGCGACCAUUUACUAUACCAUAUUUUCCCACUUUUCACUUUUUAUGUAAACAUGCAUAUCUUUAAGCUUUUUAGUAUUGCCAAGUACUGCAUGACAACCAGACUUCUUAAUACAUGGAUCUAAACCAAAUUAUUUAUGAUGUUAGUUUAUAAACACAAUUUUAGUAGCCAUUAAAUGAAUAAAGAAUUUUAUAGUAAGGAUUUGCCUAUUUGGUUCAGCUUGUGACCCAAGAGGGACUGUCCCUUAGGCUACUGAUUUAAAUUUGGGGAAUCCUGAGUUACAGGGAGAGGCAGGGGUAGAAAUACUUGUCCUCCUUCAUGUCCCUGGACGCAGAGAGGGAAAGGAAGAGUGCUGGCGGGGGGUGUAAUUUGUCUUUUCAAUCUUAUGAGAAGAGAGUAUUCCAUGAAUGGUCUUCUCCCCAUUGGGAGCUUAUGGAGACCUUCCUGAUGGGUUUUCAAGAUUUGAUCCAGCAUGUGAGCUGCUGCAGCGUGCCAAGGUAGGCAACAGAAGUGAGAGCAUGGCUCUGGUUUGUGAAUGAGUGAUCCUGCCAUACAGAUGGGUGCUCUUUUCUUCCUCACAGCCUGGAAAUAGGGUCGAAGGCUGGUGCCUUGCCUUGUUAGACUUUUGGGAAUGGAGGAAGGCAGUGUAAUAACUCCUGAGUGUGAAGGACUGAUGAGUUUCAGCUCGAUUGGCCCUGAAUUGAAUCCAUCUGGAUCCAGGAGGAAAGAUCUGUUCUUGGUUUAUGAAGAGCCAAGUUAAAAUCUCACAAGGUAGGGGUAGGGGAAGCCAAAGAAAAUACAGAGUGAGUUGCUCCCUGUUGGCAGACAGUGGCAGACAGAUUCCCUAUCAACAGUCGAAUGCUAGUUAACUGGCUCGAAGGGGAAGGGAAGCCCUGAUUUUUAGCGUUUGCCCGGUUUCUGUGGUUCAAACUUUUAACGAGGCCACCUACUUACAAAAUUUGUUUUCAGUCCUCUCUUGUAAACUAUUCAACCCUGCCCCAGCACACUACUGCAAGCCUCCCUCAGGUGUUUUGAAUUCCCAUUGUGUGCUCAGGUCUGUGCCCUGUGACAUAGAUACUGAAGCACAGUGUCUUCUGAAGAAACUUGUUAUUUCAUUGACAGGCCAGGAGCUGGAAGCACUGACAGGGUACAGUUGUGGUGUGGAUCGAGUAUAGUAGUCCAGAGUGAGAAGCUGAGUGCUGGAAAGAUCAUGACAAGGGGACAUUUGAGAGCUAGACUUGAAGGAUAAUAGUAACAGCUAAUGUUUAUUGGUAAUAAUAGUAUCUGAGUCUGUACUAAGCAUCUUGCACACAUUAUUUAUGAUGUUAUUUUUUUUUAGAAAUAGAUAAUACCUUCCACUUUACACAUGAGGAACCUAAGACUUAGUAAAAAAGAAUUCUGCCCAAAUUGCAUAGGUGAGACAUUUUGGUGGGUGUGUAGUAGUAUCUCAUUGUGGCUAGAAAGGAGUAAAGCCAGUACUUGGAACCUGGUCACUUCAACUGCAGAACUCAUACUCUAGCCCACUGUAUCAUAUUGCUAUUAAUAGAAGAAGGAAGGUUCUCUCAGUGUAGAAGGGUAUGACUACAGCCCAAAGUCUUGGGACUAGGUGGGAGUCAGCAUAUUUGAGUUCUAGUCCUCAUUUUACUUACCCAUGUAUGUCUCUAGCCAAAUCACACCUUUCCUCUUCAUCUUGAAUCGAGAAUCAGAUGAUCACUUAGUUCCUUUUUAUUUCUAACAUGUUGUGAAUUUUAAGUUAUAAAAAUGAGAGUAUAGUUUCUUUAAGGAACAGUAUCCUGUCAGGGUAUGAGGCAUGGGAAGCUCUAAGUUUGGCUGGUGAUGGGGUAAGCAGAGGAGAGUGAUCUACCAGGGGCAAAUGAAAGGAAUGAGACUCCCAAGUGGUGGAAAGCAAAAGCAGAAAAAGUUGUUGCUGGAAACUCAGUUGUUUCCAUUUGCAAUUCCCCAGGUGGAAAGAUGUGAAUUGUGGGUGCACAGAGAGAGAACAAGCUAGUCUUUUGCAUUGGAUGUUCCUAGACUGCUCACUUCUCCUUGAUGGCUUUAGCAUCAGGCCAGGCCUUUAUUUGGGUUAUUUCUGAGGAUCCUCAAGUUAUCACUCCUUUCUUUUAGCAUUAACUUAGCAGUUAUUUGUUAAGCACCUGCUAUGUGUGAGUCACUGGAAUGGAAAUAAGACAAAUCUGGUCCAUCCCCUGUUGAAUUUAUAAUUUGGUAGGGGUAAUAGAUAGUGUGCAAGUAAGUUACACAUUUUGAUAGGUUUGUGAGAAGCUGGGUUUUGUUGGUUGGAGUCAGGGAAAAUUUCUGCCUUCAGCAUGGGAAACAGGUGGGAAGGGACCAAGAGUGGAAAUGGGGAGACCAGUUAGAAGAUGAUUACAGAUAUCCAGGCAAGAUGGGCUGAUUGAGAAGCAAGUACACAAAAAAUGGGAUGAAUAUUAGCCAGAUCUCUUGCAAAAAUAAAUGGAAAAAUUCUUGAGAUUCUUUUAUUGACUCACUUAAAUGUUAUAUUUAAUAAAGUUUUGUAAAAUUCCAGUCUCUAUAAAGGAUACUGAAAACCCUAUGAGAUUAAUGACAGUAGAUGAAAAGUAAAUGAGACUGGUGUAAAGUAUGUGGCUGUUAAAGGGAUAUGAGAUGGAAGAGUGACAUGGACUAGUUUUAACUAGAAGAUUUCCAAAUGGGCAGGUUUGGAGAUGAAAUUUAAAGGAGAUAAACUGGAUUUAGGAGAAUAAACCCAUGCAUUGGAAAGUUUAAAAGGAAUAUGACUCAAAGGAUGGAAAACUGCACAUUAUAAAAAUUUGCUUAUAAGAAGCACUAUGAGAAAGUAAAAAUCAGAUUUGUGAAAAAAAAAAAAAAAAAAAAAAAAAA